AGCAAUGACUCGGCACGGUAAAAAUUGUACAGCAUCAUCCGUUUAUUCAUACCAUGAACGACAGAGAGACGCUAAAGUUAGCGGUUAUGGCACACUACAUGCUCGUCUUGGAGCUGAUUCUAUAAAGGAGUUCGAUUGUUGUUCAUUAACUUUGCAACCUUGCAAAAAUCCCGUCAUCACUCCAUCUGGUUUUCUCUUUGAUCGUGAGGCUGUGCUGGAGUAUAUCUUGGCCCAAAAGAAGGAAAUAGCCAAGCGAACGAAGGAGUGGGAACGGCAAAAUGCUAUUCAAGCUGAGGAACAGAGAAAGGCCCAAAAAUCCGAUCAAGAAAAGAUUGUUAGAAAAUUUGACGAAGUUGAAGGUACCCCAGCGCAUCCAGGCUAUAAAAUCUACUCAAAUGAGGCUCGUGAGAGCGUCACGAACCCCAAUCCUCUGAAGCGGCCAGGCAGCGCCAUAACCGUCCAACCAGCACAGAAAGUUAAAGCGCUAGGAACUGAGGGAGAAAUCUCGAACAUGAAAGGGGAGAGGAGCAAGGAAUUGCCCAGUUUUUGGAUCCCAGAGCUCAACCCUACCGCUGAAUCUACAAAGCUCGAGAAACCUUCUCAAAAAGUACUUUGCCCAUUAUCUGGGAAGCCCUUGAAGCUGAAGGACCUGAUGGAAGUCAAAUUUACGCCGAUACCAAAAGAUGAAGAAGAGAAAAGUAUCAUAGCAGCAAAGGUGCGGUAUAUGUGUCCUGUAACUCAUGAUGCCUUGACCAACACUACGCGUUGCGCAUACUUGAAAAAGUCCAAGUGUGUUGUUACGUGGGACGUGGUUGAAAAACUAAUAAAAAAGGAUUGGACGGAUCCGGUGUCUGGAGAUCCCAUGACGGAAAGUGAUAUAAUCGAAAUGCAGAGAGGAGGUACUGGAUACGCUGCAACAAAUGAAGUGAAAGCCAAAUUGGUCCGACCUCAGUUGGAAUUACAAUGAUCUCUUCUCAUUCUACCUGUGAUUAUAUUUGACCUUGUAUUUACGAGGCGUUCAUGAUUGCGGAAUAACAUCGGAUAUAAUCAGAAUAGUUUCAUCUCUUUGCGGAGAAAGACGGAGCGUCACGAAGAUCUGGGGCAGUGCGUUUUGCAGAUCAAGGUCGCGGUUGAGGAAAUAAACACUAUUCGAAGUAAAAGUAAACUAAAGUAAGUAAACUAACUAAGUAAGCUGUAUUAUCACCUUUGCAUCAGUUCUUUCUCAGCUUAGAUGCUCUAAGUAGAAGGCAAAUAGUGUCUUUGCGAUGGCAAUGUGCAACAAAAUUUUGUAUAAAUACGGCACUUUCGGUAAGCAAUACGGUCAGAUUCGAAACUGCGCGAGAUAUGACCGAUGUUUAAUAGUGAACAGCUGGGAAAUUUUGUGAUAAGUUGGCCAGAUAAGUAAUUUUGGCACUAAACUUUUUGAAAACAAACUUUGCUUCUAUCAGUAACCCCAAAAAUUCAAUGCCUU